AUGAACGGUGUACAUACAACCGCUGCGAUCAUGGGAUCUAUAGAAGACGGGCACCAUCGGAAAAUCGUACGACUCGGAAAUAAGCUUCUUAAAUAUGGACCGUCCUCGCAAAUCGAUCUCGAGGUUGCAAAUAUACGCUAUAUCGCCGAGAAUACAACCAUACCAGUUCCGCAAAUAUACAAUGUCGAAACCCAUGCCGGUGACAUCAAGUCGAUCCUCAUGAAUUACAUCAACGACCGUACUCUGGAAGACGCCUGGUCGGACAUGAUUCCAUCCCAAAAGAUUUCAGUCGCACAGGAGCUUCACGGGUUUAUACUCCAGCUCAGAGACUUGGAUCAUAGAUCUGACCUCACGAGAAGGGGACAGAAGCUUCCAGAAACGCAUACCUGGGAUUCGAUGAUGAACCCAGGGUGCGAUGUCCAACUGAAUGCACACUCAUUCAUGGGAUUGGGCUCGCCGUUUCACGAUACCUAUCACCAACACCCACUGAUACACCGAAAAGACAAGCUGGUAUUCACACACGGGGAUAUUGCUCCGAGAAAUAUCUUGGUGAGCCAGGAAGGCCAAGUUACCGCCGUCUUGGACUGGGAGUACGCAGGGUGGUACCCAGAGUGGUGGGAGGCUGUGAAGGCAUAUGAAUUUUGCAACGACCUGCCUGGAUGGACUGCAUAUUUAUCUGUCAUCCUGCCCCCGAGUCAUGCAACAGAGUACAUGACUUUAGCACUUGCUACGCGUUUCGUCAGGUAG